AUGAACAUUUUUUCUCUUUCUCUCAAAACAACCUCCCUUAUCACUACAUCACAAGCCGAUGAUCAUGAUCACGAUUGCCGGAGGAUCAUCUCCGGCAGCUUUUACAAGAUCACUGGAGCCAAGAUUGGCCGGACCACCACCAUGGCUAUUGCUUCAGUUGCAGGUGUACAUGUAAAUGGAAAGGUGAUGGGGGAAAGGACAAUUAUCCCAACUCAAAAGCAGUUUGUGGACCCUUUUCGACAAGGAGUCAUCAUCUUGGAUGGCGUUGGAUAUCGACAAACGGUCGUUGUUCGGUCGUACGAAGUUGGAACCGAUAAAACCGCGACUCCUCAAAGCCUUCUUAACCUUCUUCAGGAAACCGCUUUGAAUCACGUAUGGAUGUCUGGGCUUCUUGGAGACGGGUUUGGUGCGACUCAUGGAAUGAUGAAAAACGAUCUGAUAUGGGUUGUUUCAAGAAUGCAACUUCAGGUGGAUCAGUAUCCGAUUUGGGGAGAGAUACUGGAAAUCGACACAUGGGUUGGAGCAUCGGGAAAGAAUGGAAUGCGACGAGAUUGGGAAAUCAGAAGCCAUGCAACUGGCAUUGUUUUCGCAAGAGCAACAAGUACAUGGGUAAUGAUGAACCAGAAAACACGACGGCUAUCGAAAAUGCCGGAUGAAGUACGGGCAGAAAUCUCACCCUGGUUCAUUAAGAAACAAGCCAUCAAAGAAGAUUGCCCUGAAAAAAUUGAAAAGUUGGAUAAUAAUGCAAGAUACGUCAACUCAGGCUUGCAGCCAAAGAGGAGCGAUUUGGAUAUGAACAAGCACGUAAACAACGUCAAGUACCUCGGUUGGAUGCUCGAGGCAAUCCCGGAUGAAUGCUUGGAGAGUUACCAGUUAUCGGACAUCACACUCGAAUACCGAAGAGAAUGUGGGAGUUCAGACGUUGUUCAAUCCCUUUGCGAACCCGAAGAAACCGGGAUGAUUAAAGACGGAGUUCAAGAUACGAAAUUGAUGGAUCGGUGUUCGAUGGGAGGCGGGAUUAUUCAAGGGAAUGGCUUAUUGAACUGCUUAAUGAAUGAAGGAAGUACCGUUAGAUAUACACAUCUUAUUCAAGCUAAAGAAGAAUCCAAGUGUCAAGAAAUUGUUAGAGGAAAAACCAUUUGGAAGAAAAGGAUCAAUCUUCUCUCAUUUUCUGGCUGA